AUGGAUACCACAGCUGCACUGCCUAGUUUCCAAAAACAGAAGCUUUUGACAGGACAGAGUGCAAAUGAUAUAAUCAGCUAUUUGCCAGAUGAUGUUAUUAACUAUAUCCUUUCGUUCCUUUCAAUUAAAGAUGUCAUAAGAACUUCAAUAUCAUCAAAACGAUGGCUAUAUCAGUGGACCUCUAUUUCCAACAUAGAUAUUGAUGAAUCAUCAGAAUUCUUCAAAAGUAAUCAGAAUUUGGAGAUGCAUGAUAGUUUCUUGCAUUUGGUGAACAGAGCAUUCAUCUAUCGUGUAAGCCAUAAGGUUCAAGAGCUUGAUCUUUCUAAAAUGGCAGACCCACCCAUCAUAUUGCCUCAAAGCCUUUUUACUUCUGAAUCAUUGCGUACUCUGAAUUUAGAAACUGGUUGUGUUUUAAAGGUUCCUCAUUCCGCAUGCUUUUCAAACCUCAAGAACUUGCACCUUCUGCUUUUUACAUUUGAGGGUGAACAGUCCACACAACUACUUUUUGCUGGCUGCCCUGUCCUCCAAGAGUUGUAUUUAUACAAUUGUUCCUGGGAAAAUGUAAAGAGCAUCACCAUUUCACUUCCCAAACUCAGGAAACCGAGUCUCUAUUAUGACCCUUGUUUUUGGGAUCAACUGCUUGAUUUUGUCAAUUGGAGGACAUCUAUGCAAGAAAGAGCUGCUCUCCGUGCUGCAAAACUCAUCAAUGAAAUUUGCAGUGUCAAAUCUCUUAAACUAUCAAAUGAUACACUUGAGUGUCUUUCUCUUGCAGAAAACCUCCAAGCUCCUCUUCCAACUCUCUACCAUUUGAUUGAUUUGGAGGUGAAUUUAGGAUGUUCUGAUUACAUUAAUGAAGGUUGA